GUGCUCCCUGAUGGGGUUUGAUUUAAACCGGCACUGGACAAAUCCAUCUCCUUGGGCUCAUCCCACACUGCACGGAGUGAAACAGCUCAUCAUUGAUAUGUACAACAAUCCGAAGAUUAACCUGGAGUUCUAUAUUGACAUCCAUGCCCACUCCACCAUGAUGAAUGGCUUCAUGUAUGGGAACAUCUUUGAAGACGAGGAAAGGUUUCAGCGACAGGCUGUUUUUCCCAAGCUACUCUGUCAAAAUGCCGAAGACUUCUCUUAUUCCAGUACAUCGUUCAACAGAGAUGCUGUGAAAGCAGGGACAGGCCGGCGUUUCCUUGGUGGUCUGUUAAAUGAUACGUCCUACUGCUACACUCUGGAAGUCUCAUUCUACAGCUACAUAUUGGGGCGACCUACUUCUGCUGUCCCCUACACGGAAGAAGCAUAUAUGAAGCUUGGAAGAAAUGUGGCCAGGACGUUCUUGGAUUACUACAGGCUAAACUCCUUGGUGGAGAGACCACUAGUACCUACUCCUAAAACUCGGAAGGAAAAACUGCCGCGUUCUAAAUGCAGUACCCAGCGGGGCCAAGGGAACAGCCAUGCUGGCGGCAAGCCCGAGAAGAGGAGCCAGGCGCAUCUGAAGGACCAGUCUCUCCCCGCGCGAUGA